CUCCUCACCGGCUGCGUUACCCUCAGUUGUUGGCGGCUGCGGGAGCAAUAGGAGCGGUGGCGGCCGCAGAGGGAGUGCCGAGGGAAGGUGGACGCUGCCCGAAAGGGACGGAGGGCGUGUGCCUCGGCUUUACUGUUGCUGCCGCCGCCGCCUUUUGUGCGCAGGCGGAGGGCAGUGUAGGGGGGAGAGUGCCGGGUGGGUCUCCCACCUGCCCGCCGCUAUGGCUGGUUCCGAGCAGGACAUUGGCACCGGAGAGGGGCCGCUGCCAAUCGAGGACUCGGAGUUGGCUCUGGCCGGGAUCAACAUGCUGCUCAACAACGGCUUCCGGGAGUCUGACCAGCUCUUCAGGAAAUACAGAAACCAUAGUCCACUAAUGAGUUUUGGAGCCAGCUUUGUCAGUUUUUUGAAUGCCAUGAUGACUUUUGAAGAAGAAAAAAUGCAAUUGGCGUGUGAUGACUUAAAGGCCACUGAAAAACUGUGUGAGAGUGAAGAAGCAGGAGUUAUAGAAACAAUAAAAAAUAAAAUCAAAAAGAAUGUUGAUGGCCGAAAGUCUGCCCCAUCCAUGAUCGAUCGGCUGCAGAGACAGAUAAUCGUAGCUGACUGUCAGGUUUAUCUUGCUGUGCUUUCUUUUGUAAAACAAGAACUAUCAGCUUAUAUAAAAGGUGGGUGGAUCCUUAGAAAAGCUUGGAAAAUCUACAAUAAGUGCUACACGGACAUUAAUACACUUCAGGAAUUGUAUCAAAAGAAGAUAACUCAGGAAUCUCUGACUUCUGAUGCUGCAAAUGAUAAUCAUAUUACUGCAGAAGGUGUAACGGAGGAUUCGCUAAACAGACUGAAAGGUGCUGUUAGCUUUGGAUAUGGACUUUUUCAUCUUUGCAUAUCCAUGGUGCCCCCAAACCUGCUCAAAAUCAUCAACCUGCUGGGUUUUCCCGGAGACCGCCUGCAGGGGCUUUCUUCACUGAUGUAUGCAAGUGAAAGUAAGGACAUGAAGGCCCCUUUAGCUACAUUAGCCUUGCUGUGGUACCACACUGUAGUUCGUCCCUUUUUUGCUUUGGAUGGCAGUGAUACCAAAGCCGGACUGCAAGAAGCUAAGGACAUUCUUCAGAAAAAAGAAGCUGCUUAUCCAAAUUCCUCUCUGUUUAUGUUCUUCAAGGGAAGGAUACAACGCUUAGAGUGUCAAAUCAAUAGUGCCUUGACCUCCUUUCACACUGCUUUGGAAUUUGCGACUGAUCAGAGGGAGAUUCAACAUGUCUGCCUAUAUGAAAUUGGCUGGUGUAGCAUGAUAGAAAUGAAUUUCAAGGAUGCAUUUGAGUCCUUUGAGCGUCUUAAAAAUGAAUCAAGAUGGUCCCAGUGCUACUAUGCCUAUUUAACAGCAGUGUGUCAAGGAGCUACCGGUGAUGUGAAUGGUGCACAAAAUGUAUUCAAGGAAGUCCAGAAGCUCUUUAAAAGAAAAAACAAUCAAAUCGAGCAGUUUUCGGUCAAAAAGGCAGAUCGAUUCAGGAAACAAAAACCGACCCAGGAGCUCUGUGUACUGGCAUCCAUUGAAGUGUUGUAUUUAUGGAAAGCACUUCCAAAUUGUUCAUUCACCAACCUACAGCACAUGAGUCAAGCUUGCCAAGAAGUUGAUGACUCUGCUGUUGUCGGUUUGAAGAACUUGCUACUUGGUGCCAUACAUAAAUGUUUAGGAAAUUCUGAAGAUGCUGUACAGUUCUUUCAGCGAGCCCUUAAAGAUGAACUGUGCCGCCAGCACAAUUUAUAUAUUCAGCCGUACGCGUGCUAUGAACUUGGCUGUCUUUUGUUAGAAAACCCACAGACUGUGCCAAAAGGCAAAUCCUUAUUGCUUCAGGCCAAGGAGGAAUUCACAGGGUAUGACUUUGAGAACAGAUUGCAUGUCCGCAUACAUGCAGCAUUGGCCUCACUGAGGGAAGUGGUUCCUCAGUGAUGGAUAGGAAGCCUUCUGUCCUCACAGUUUCUGCACUCUAAGACAACUCAGAGAACAAAGCUGUUGGAAAGACCAACUUCUCUUCUGGAAGACCACCUGUGCCAGAGACAUUUUCUACAACACGUAGAGUUGGUGACGGAAAAAUGUUGAAGUCUUUAACGAUCAAAAUUAGGCUGAAAGGUCAACUGACCUUGGGCUCAGUCCAUUAGGAAUUUCUCCUGAGUAAGCCCUGUGAAAAGAAUGGAAGUUGAAAUUUGGGCUGCUGCCCAGCAUCUGUGGUUCAGUGGGGCUUGUGCAGAAGAACUGCCUAGAACACUGUCCUGGUGUUCCGAUGCUUUGUGGGUUGGUUUUUUGAUUUUGAUUUUAGCCAAGCUGAACAUAGUAGCCUGUGAUUGUACAGAUGAGCCUACAGUAAGCACAUGUUGAUUUCCUGUAACCAAGGUGGCUCAGUUUCUGCAAGUCAGGUCUUCUUUCUGUUUAAAUAGAUGUACAUGGUCUUUUGUAGGGGGAGAGCCACCUGUUCAUGAAAAAGUACUGUAUAUAGGCAGAAAUAUGUAUAAUUUUAUUGGAAAACCCUGUCCAAGUGGAGCUGGGAAGGAAAAAGUGGCUUGUUGCAGCACAACAACCCCCUUCCUGUACAUUUAUUUGCUCAUCCAAAUGUGUGUGAAUAAUGAAACUCUGUAUUUAGAUAAAUAAUGAGAAUAUCUAGAAACUGUUUUAUUUUUCAGACAAAUAUUUAUUUUCACCCCUUUGUUACUGUGUUUUUGAACAGUAUGGUAGCCUCUUAGCCUUGCUGUUACAAGGUGCUGACAGGUUCUUUCACUUUUAUUUCUAAAGCCUAUGAAUAAAGCAGUAACCUUUUAAACAUAACACUUAAGAUCCUAUAUUUGUGCCAGACUGAUAUACUAAAUAUGACCAUCAACAUGCCAUGGGGCAUUCCAAGCCUGUGGUGUUGCCGUAGCCUUCCUAUCCCAGUCAGCUUUAGAGCUUUGAAGUAGUAUGUAACUUUCCUAAUUUUUUUGUCUCUGUAAGUACAUUAUUUUAAUAUUUUUAUUUAGAGCAGGUAUGUGUGAGCAAACAAUUCUUAGGGUAAUACUUUUUCCAGAGUACUUGAGAAUUGUAUAACGUGAAGAUAAAAUAGGGUUUAUUUUUCCUGAUAAAGUAAUAAAGUUUUGCUUUCUCACUCUGUCUCUCCUGAAAUCUAUAAAUUUCAGUUUUGAAUCUCUAAAAUGUUACAUUUUGUGUGCACUUAAUACUAAUUGGCUGAGCUGACUUCAAGAGAUUCAUGGAAUGUAGAUAGCAGAAGUUUGGUUGUGAGUCAAAGCGGAACAGGUUUCCAAAGCACACAUGAAGCUAUGUAUAAACUGGGUUUCCCGCUUUACCUCAGGAUGGGGGAAUGCUUUUGUACAGCAUAGCACAUGAAAAAUGUUUCCUGAUGUUGCAAUUAGUGGGCCAAGUCCUCUGCACAUACUUUGGAAUCACUGAUUAUACACUGCUGUCCUUUUACUCCCUAUUUAGUAACAAGCACUCUGUGGCAGCUAAAUCUUCAUUUUGUUGCAUUCUAAGAAAGAGGUUGAAUAUUAGGAGGCAUAACACACAGCUUUAAUUUAUUGUCACAGUAUACAUGAUGAAUGCAUUUUCUUUAAGCCUGAUUUAAUAACCUGGAGUCAUUCAGUAGUUUGUUUGGAGGAUAUUCAUCUAAAUGGAUGCACUGAUUGACUGCUUCCCACUUUUUUUGCAUUUUGACUGCUUCCCACUUUUUUUGCAUUUGAUAGAUAUGGGAUGUUGGCUCAUGUUGGCUUAAGCUUGAAAACAUGGCGUGCAGAGCAUUAUGUGUGUUUCAAUUGCCCACAAUUGCAGAAUUUGAAGACCCAUUUCUGGGCUUUCAGAGUUGAAGGGUCUGUCAGGAGAUUCUCUUUAAAACACAUUUUCUUGUAUAUACAAACCAGGGUUUGUAAAAACUGGGGAAUGGAGAGUCAACAAUAUCAGUGUUAUUGCAGGAGUCUCCUGUUGCAAUGUAACCCUACUGUUUCACUUCUGGUAGCUACAGCAGAUAUUAAAAUGGACAGAGAAGAACAUGACAGCAAGCCCCCCCUUUCCCCAUCUGUUCCCCCUGAAUGGGUAUUUCUGGGGCACAAUAUUAAAAUUGCCAAUCUCUGUUAGAGGGACCAAAACGACCAGAGACUAACCAGCAUCUGCAGAAUGAAGUAAGGAAAAUGCUCUUUGUACAGCUAUGGGGGGGAUUGUGUUGUAUCUUUAUGUGAAAAAAUAUAUAUCCCCAAAUUGUAAUCAACAGUAAUAUACUUGAACUAGUUUUAUGCUACGGUUUCUUAUGGGUUCAAAUAACUUCACCCUCUUUCUUUCUUCAUACUCAAGCUGCUAAGUUAAAAACAGAUCAGCAUCAUUGACCACAAUAGAACUAAGCUAUCUUCCCCUUAUGCCUGCUUUGAUGACUUGUGGAUGACACAAAACUAUACCUGUGACUGAGGCUCUUGAAGUUACAAAACUCUUGUAGUGGGAUGGUGGGGCCAUUGAUGGUUCUCCCUAUAAUUUUAAGAUAACAAUCCUAUUCCUAUCACCAAGUCUGUUUUGCAUUAUUUCAUUUGUCUUGCAAGCAGAAGAACCUCUCAUUGUGCACAGGCAACUGCUCAAUGCCAGACCCAUCAGUGUGUUUUCCCCUCUCCCACCUGUAUCAUGUACACCUCAUAGAAGAAACCUCUAUCUUGUAAAUGGCAAAGGUAUUUUUAUAUUAGAUUAUGCCAGUGAUGAGAAAAAUCCCAGCUGUAUUUUGUGUAAUCUGAAUAUGUUUUUUAUACUUUGUAGCUCGGAGGCAUAGUCUAAUUGCAAUAAUGAAGUAAGCA